CCUCCCCGCCCACCUCCAGUGCCGCCCCCAGCCCCGCCAUGCCCGCCGACCUCAGCGGCACCUGGAACCUGCUCAGCAGCGACAACUUGGAGGGCUACAUGCUGGCCCUAGAUAUUGACUUUGCCACGCGUAAGAUAGCCAGGCUGCUGAAACCACAGAAAGUGAUUGAGCAGAAUGGGGAUUCUUUUACCAUCCACACGAACAGCAGCUUCAGGAACUACCUUGUGAAAUUUAAAGUUGGAGAAGAAUUUGAUGAGGAUAACAAAGGCCUGGAUAACAGAAAAUGCAAGAGCUUGGUCAUCUGGGACAAUGACAGACUCACCUGUGUGCAGAAGGGGCAAAAGAAGAACCGAGGCUGGACCCAUUGGAUUGAAGGGGACCAACUCCACCUG